GCAAAGCGGCGGCGGCUGCCGCGGUGGGAAGUCGCCUCUGGUCCUGCGCCCUGGCCGCCGUCGGGCGGGCGGGUCGGUGCGGCGCGGCGGGCGGCAUGGAAGCGGUGCCCCGCGAGGAGAAGCCCAACCCGCUGCGGGAUGCCAACCUCUGCUCCCGGCUCUUCUUCUGGUGGUUGAAUCCCUUAUUUAUUAUUGGCCAUAAACGGAAGCUUGAAGAAGAUGAUAUGUAUAAAGUGCUGCCAGAAGAUUCCUCAGAGAAGCUUGGAGAGGAAUUGCAGUGGUACUGGGAUAAAGAGGUGCAAAAAGCAAAAAAGAGAGGAAAAACACCUCAUUUAACAAAAGCCAUUAUUCUUUGUUACUGGAAAUCCUAUUUAGUUUUUGGAAUUUUCACAAUGAUUGAGGAAACCCUCAAAAUAAUUCAGCCAAUAUUUUUGGGAAAAAUUAUUAGUUAUUUUGAAAACUAUGAUUCCUCAGAUGAGGUAGCUUUGAAGUUUGCAUAUUGCUACGCAGCUGCUCUGUCUGUGUGCACGCUUAUUCUAGCUAUAAUGCACCACUUAUACUUCUAUCAUGUACAGCGGGCUGGCAUGAAGCUGAGGGUAGCUAUGUGCCAUAUGAUUUAUCGGAAGGCACUUCGUCUCAGCAACAUAGCUAUGGCAAAAACUACCACUGGUCAAAUAGUAAAUCUUCUGUCAAAUGAUGUGAACAAAUUUGAUCAGGUAACGAUUUUCUUGCACUUCUUGUGGGCUGGACCAAUUCAAGCUGUGGCAGUAACAGUACUUCUCUGGAUGGAGAUAGGCCCAUCGUGUCUUGCAGGAAUGGCAGUUCUGAUUAUUCUUCUUCCUGUCCAGACCUGCAUUGGGAGGCUUUUUUCUUCCCUAAGAAGCAAGACAGCUGCCUUAACAGACGUCAGGAUUAGGACCAUGAACGAAGUCAUAAGUGGUAUGAAGAUAAUAAAGAUGUAUGCGUGGGAAAAAUCAUUUGCAGAACUUGUGAAUGGUUUGAGAAGGAAGGAGAUUGCCAUGAUUAUGAAAAGCUCCUAUCUUCGAGGACUGAAUUUAGCCUCUUUCUUUGUGGCAAGCAAAAUUACAGUGUUCAUGACUUUCAUGGCAUAUGUACUACUUGGCAAUGUUAUCUCUGCAAGUCGGGUGUUUGUUGCGGUGUCCCUGUAUGGUGCAGUAAGACUGACAGUAACUCUGUUCUUCCCUGCGGCUGUUGAGAGAGUAUCCGAGGCAGUGGUUAGCAUACGACGAAUCAAGAACUUUCUGAUACUUGAUGAGGUCUCACACUUCAGGCCACAACUGCAUGGUAAUGAUGAGAAUGUCAUUCUUCAUGUUCAGGAUUUGACUUGCUAUUGGGAUAAGAGUUUGGAAAGCCCAGCACUUCAACAACUUUCAUUUACUGUCAGACAAGGGGAAUUAUUGGCUGUGAUUGGUCCUGUAGGAGCUGGAAAAUCCUCACUCUUAAGUGCUGUGCUUGGUGAGCUGCCCAAAGACAAAGGUUUGAUAAACGUCACUGGAAGAAUUGCCUAUGUUUCUCAGCAGCCUUGGGUGUUUUCUGGUACAGUAAGAAGUAAUAUACUGUUUGACAAGGAAUAUGAGAAAGAAAAAUAUGAAAAAGUUUUAAAAGUCUGUGCGCUUAAAAAGGACUUGGAAUUAUUAGCAAAUGGUGACCUAACAGUAAUAGGAGAUCGUGGAGCUACACUGAGUGGGGGACAGAAGGCCCGUGUAAAUCUGGCCAGAGCUGUGUAUCAAGAUGCAGACAUCUAUCUUUUGGAUGAUCCACUGAGCGCAGUAGAUGCUGAAGUUGGAAGGCAUUUGUUUGAAAAGUGUAUUUGCCAGGCCUUACAUCAGAAGAUUUCUGUUUUGGUCACUCACCAAUUGCAGUAUCUUCGGGCUGCAAAUCAGAUUCUAAUUUUAAAAGAUGGUAAAAUGGUGGGGAAAGGUACCUAUUCAGAGUUCCUGAGGUCUGGCAUCGACUUUGCUUCCCUUUUGAAAAAAGAUGAGGAGGUGGAACAGCUGUCGGUUCCAGGAACCCCCAACCUGAAGCCUGCCCGGAGCCGAACCUUCUCAGAGUCCUCUGUCUGGUCCCAGGAUUCUUCUGUCCACUCACAGAAAGAUGGAGCAGUGGAACAGCCACCCGCUGAAAAUGCACUGGCUGCAGUGCCAGAGGAAAGCCGCUCUGAGGGAAAAAUAAACUUUAAGGUUUACAGAAAAUAUUUCACUGCAGGAGCAAAUUACUUUGUCAUUUUUAUACUUUUAGUAUUCAAUAUUUCGGCACAGGUGGCAUAUGUGCUCCAGGACUGGUGGCUUUCUUACUGGGCAAAUCAUCAAGAAAAGUUGAAUGUCACAACAAAUGGAAAUAAUGGAGCAAACGAGACUCAACAUCUAGACCUUAACUUUUAUUUGGGAAUUUACGCAGGUUUAACGGUGGCUACAAUACUGUUUGGCAUAAUAAGAAGUCUUCUGGUGUUUCAAGUUCUUGUUAAUUCUGGUCAGACUUUGCACAACAAAAUGUUUCAAUCCAUUCUGAAAGCUCCUGUCUUGUUUUUUGACAGAAAUCCUAUAGGAAGAAUCUUAAAUCGUUUCUCCAAAGAUAUUGGCCACCUGGAUGACUUGCUUCCAUUGACAUUUUUGGACUUCAUGCAGACUCUCCUACAGAUUUUUGGUGUGGUGGCUGUGGCUGUGGCAGUGAUUCCUUGGAUACUCAUUCCCUUAAUUCCACUAUUUAUUCUUUUCAUUUUUCUUCGACGAUAUUUCUUAGACACUUCAAGAGAUAUUAAACGUCUAGAAUCCACAACUCGAAGUCCGGUGUUCUCCCACUUGUCAUCAUCUCUCCAGGGACUUUGGACUAUUCGGGCUUUGAAAGCAGAGGAAAGAUUUCAAAAAUUAUUUGAUGCACACCAAGACCUCCACUCAGAGGCCUGGUUUCUAUUUCUGACGACCUCGAGGUGGUUUGCUGUGCGCCUGGAUGCCAUCUGUGCCAUUUUUGUUAUAGUAGUUGCUUUUGGUUCCCUGCUUCUUGCCAAGACUUUGAAUGCGGGGCAGGUUGGUUUGGCGCUGUCCUACGCAAUCACCCUCAUGGGAACAUUCCAGUGGGGUGUUAGACAAAGUGCUGAAGUUGAAAACCUGAUGAUAUCAGUAGAAAGAGUAAUGGAAUACACAGAACUUGAAAAAGAAGCUGCCUGGGAGACCAACAAGCAUCCGCCACCUGAAUGGCCAAGCCAAGGAAUGAUAGCAUUUGAAAACGUUAACUUCACUUACAGUCUAGAUGGACCUUUGGUGUUAAGACAUUUGUCUGUUUUAAUUAAACCAAAAGAAAAGGUUGGAAUAGUGGGAAGAACCGGAGCUGGGAAAAGCUCUCUGAUAGCAGCCCUCUUUCGCUUGGCGGAACCUGAAGGAAGGAUUUGGAUUGAUAAGUACUUGACAUCAGAGCUAGGACUCCAUGACUUGCGGAAGAAAAUUUCAAUUAUACCUCAGGAACCUGUUUUAUUCACUGGAACUAUGAGGAAAAACUUGGAUCCUUUCAAUGAAUACACCGAUGAAGAGCUGUGGAAUGCCUUGGAGGAGGUGCAACUGAAGGAGGUUGUGGAAGAUCUACCUAAUAAAAUGGAGACGCAGCUGGCAGAAUCUGGGUCUAAUUUUAGUGUUGGUCAGAGACAGCUGGUGUGUCUUGCCAGAGCGGUUCUAAAAAAAAACCGGAUCCUUAUCAUCGAUGAAGCAACAGCAAAUGUGGACCCAAGAACAGAUGAGUUCAUUCAAAAGACGAUCCGUGAAAAGUUUGCUCACUGCACAGUGCUGACCAUUGCACACCGCUUGAACACCAUUAUUGACAGUGACAGGAUCAUGGUUUUAGAUGCAGGAAGACUGAAAGAAUAUGGUGAACCUUAUAUUUUGCUGCAAGAACAAGAUGGCUUGUUUUACAAAAUGGUGCAACAAGUGGGCAAGACUGAAGCGGCUUCUCUGAUUGAAACAGCAAAACGGGUGUACUUCAGUAAGAAUUACCCAGAAGUUGUUCAGAACGGUCAGCUUGCCACAGACUCCUCCUUGGAUCCUUCCUCAGGAUUAUGCAUAACCGAAACUGCACUGUGAUUCCUAAUAAGCUUAACUGUUUUCCAUAGAAUGUAAACCUGAGAUCAUCUAAACUCAGUGACAAUGGUUGCAAGUAUCAGCGGGAGAGGAAAGGGAGGGGGCAAUUCUUUGCACUGGAUAUCCUUCAUAUUUAAUACAGAGAGGAAAAUUUUUACUGUCAUUCUUUCUUUAAUUUCAGUGCAAUAUGUUUUCCUUUCCAGCUAAUUAUGUUUUUAUUGCUAAAGAAAUUAGGCAGACUCAGUUUUUAUUUGAAAGUUACGUGGUAGAGAUCUCUUUUAUUUAAACAGGUGCAGGACACCUAGCAGGUCUAGGGUGCAUAUUUGGAGCUUAUUAAACAAAUUGAAAUGUGUCCUUUUUUUUUCUUUUGGAAAUAUUUUGAGAGCAAGCAAAAGCAAAAUUUUUUCAGUGUCACUUUGGCACGACAGCUAUGUCUAAACAGCAGAUUCGGUAGUGUACAACCUAGCUGCCUAGUGCAGCUGUCUUUCUGCCUGUCAUAAGUAGCUAUGCAGGUUGGUAGAAGAAAGAAUUGAACAAGCCAAAAAUACUUUUUUUAAAAUAUUAAAAAGUACUCUAUACUUAUUUUUUUGAUAAAUAAUUCAAAUAAUGCUGUUCAAGAUGAAUGUAAAUAUUAGUUUUAUUUUGCUAAAAUCCGAAUGCUGAAAAAUCAAUCUCAAUCUUUUAUACUUCAGAGGAAAAUUACCACAUUUGCACUGAAGAAAUAUUUAAAUAAUUUAACAUACAUUCCUCUUUUUAUCCAGGUUAUCAAAGAAGAAAAGGUAUUAAAAUAACUUGAGGAAAUGUUUGAAUGACAUGUCAUUAUACCUAAAUACUGUGUAGCACAAAGUUAUCUUCAACACAACACAUUGAAACGUAUACUUUAUUUGCAUUUAUUGUGCCUUAAUAUUUGUGCCUUCAAGCCAAAGCUGUAACUGCAGGGUACCAACAAAUACAUUAAAUAUAUGUUAAAAAUAUGUAACCUUAGUAUAUUUAAAGUUUUGCAUCAGGGGUUCUGUUGAACUCAAGCUGUUUGAAGUUACCAUCCUACCAGAAGAUGUAGGAAAGUGCAGCCUGUAGUUUUGAAUGGCUGUUGCUGAUAGUGAGAGGAAUGCAGUGAGAGGGAGUCGUUCUGUGUUCAUAAGUUAUGUCCUGAUUCAGCAAAGCACUUUAACGCAACGACACUAUUCCCAUGCUUAAAAAAAAAAAUUGAGCAAGUGCUAUGCUGCUUCAGAUUGUUUCAUGUUUAAUGAGAUACCUAUGCUUUGAGGUCCAGUAGAAAAUAAAUCUAUUCAUCUUACUGUUUAAAAGGCACAGAAGAGACUAAAAGGCAACAGAUCUCUUCAGGACAUAGAAAAUACUGUGCUUAUAAAAAAAAACCAACACUGAAGAUGCUUGCUGUUACAUAUUUAACAAACAUGUUAUUCACCCAGUAGUCUAAAAGUAAGGCAAACACAAAUGUUUCUCAGUGCAAGCAGAUCUACCAGCAAAUAACUGAUUCAAAUACAAAGUUACUCUCUCCUUGUAGAGAAGUAAAUUGAGGCCAAAGCCUGUGCCUCAGCACAAGGGCUCAUCUAGAAGGACUUUGUCAGAAGUCAGGAGUCAGCCCAGUGUGAGAGGCAGAAUCCUUGUUCCCCUGUUGCAGCAUCUUCCCUGCGGUGAGGCUUGCUGUCCCGCUGAGAUCCCAGGAGAGAGGGGUGGACCUCGCACUACCUGCAGUGCCACCAGCCAGCUUGGCUUUGCUGGGUGCAGGGGGAAACAAACAUCAAGCAUCUGGUUUUGCUGGUAACAUCCUUUUCUGUUGUUAGCAGGAAGUUAAAAAAUGAAAUGUUCUUGUCCCUAGCUUCUUUUUGGCAGGUUCUGACACUUCUCCUGCGGUGUGUAGCACCUCACACUGUGACAAAUCCCACUGAGAUCAGUGGAACCAAACUUCAUGCAGUGAUGCACUGCAUGAGGCUCAUGCUACAUCCGGUGCUAAACACCAGAGGGUCAGGGACAGCUAGCUGCCCCCAAAGCCACGUGGCAGAGACUGGCUCGUGUAAGCAGUGCUUAUGGUUAAUCCUUCUUCAAGCACACCAGCCACAUCCGCUUUUCUGUAUCACUUGGCCCUUGGUCUUCUCCUGGCUCACGCGGUCCAGUUAUGGACCUAGCACACAAUUAUCAUCUAGUGUAUUUUCUUUUGGUUUCCUUUUCAGUUCAAAUGGUAUGAAAUAAGGAUAGGGCUAUUGUGCAGCUCAGUAGAGAGGUGUUUGUAUUGCAGAGGUAUGUGAAGACGUAGGGAAGUGUUAGAGUGCGUGAAGUCACAUGGGAUAAUGCUCGGGAACUGUGUGGCAUGAAGAAAGUUUAACCCUGCAUGGUCUUGUCUGUAACUGCCUUUUUGGAAGGGAGGCAUGGUGUGAACCGUGUCCAAACUCUGCUUGAGCUUUGUCAUGGCGAGGCCUGGCUGGAGUGGUCCAAAGCAGAGCUGGGGUGAGCUGACCUGACCAGUAAGGCAGUGUAGAUGCUUAAUGGAGUCCGAUGUUUGAGCUCAUUUGUUUACCUUCUUAUUGAGCAGUUUCGACAUAUCCAGAGUCUAACUGUGUUUUACAAUAGUGAAUUCUUUUGAUUUCUAAAUAUUUAGUUCUUACAAGAAAGUAAGUAUGAUGCAUAAUACACUAAGACUUCUAAAUACUCUAAGAGAACAGUACAUUCUUCUGGCGGUAUACCUUGGGUUUAUAGGGGUUUUUUUACCAGAACCAAGGAGAUAUGCAUGCGUAAACCAAGGAUAUAAUUACAGUUUUAGUUCAUUUCAGCUCUGAAAUGAAUCUAUGGUAAGUUAUAUUUCAGAGCAGAGCUCCAAAACGCUGGCUGCUGCAGACUCACUGGUAUGAGACCCUGACAGAUCUAGCUAUCAGUCUAUAAGCUAGAAUUAAUUUGAUCCUGUAGCUUUUUGAAUGCGCACAAAAAUGUUAGGUAUCUCUGAAAACGCUGAUUCUGCUUCUUCACGUGUUUUGGCAGGACAUUACUAGCUGUAGGUAUCAAGUAUCAAUGUACGAGAAAACAAAUUUUUUACAAAAUCCCACUUGAAACCCAUAAAUUGCUGGGUAGAACAACUGAUAGUGAGUCAUUCGUGUCUGUCACUGGCAUUAUAUUCAUCUUUGCAGUUUAAAGUAACGAAAAUGUUUUAAUCAGGAAAUUGUUUUUUAGAUUCUUUUGACGGUUUUGUUGUUGAUAGUGGUUUUGUUCAGAUGACUGUUGGUUAAGGUUGACUGACCCGUUUAAUUUCAGUUGAGUGAAAAAGUGCAGUGUACCCAAGUGGCAAAACUCAGAUCAAGGAUGAGAAGGGCCUUCCUUUGGUGAAAGUCUUGGUCUGUUGAAUGGACAAAUUAUCUUUCCAGCAAGGUGUUUUAUGUUUCCUUUUAAAGAAAAGUUCAAAUAGUUCUAAACUUCCACUUUGAAAAUAUUCAUGCUUUAUUUGGAAAUAGCAAAGCUGGUUGCUAUAAGCUACAUUCCUUCCUGGGGAUCUUGGAAGAAGAACUCAAUCUUCUGAGCUAUUCAAGCCUUUAAAAUAUUUCUUUGCCGUGAGGUGCCUUAAAGUAUUCCAGCAUUUUACUUUUAAUAAAUAUAAUUUCAUACAGUAAUACUGAAAAUCAUCAGUUACAGAACUGUUGUUCGUUUGAUUGUAAAAGACUAGGAAUGGCCUCUACUUCUGAUCUCAAGAAUUGUUCUUCAGACAUUCAUUUUGGUGUAUCCUUGCUCCAUGCCUCCUCAGGAGACCACUGGGAGAGUCGAACCCAACACAGUUCUCAAGGAUGGGUUAUCUCAUAUUUGGUUUAUUUUAAGGGCAAACUCCUCUAUAAAGAACUGCACCAGAGCUCAUUUGCCAGAUAGGCAUCGUCUGCAAUACCAUUCAUCCCGCCCUUCGGAAGAUGGAGGACCUUCCUCCUGGAGGACCAACAUCAGUAACGCUGGUUGUUUAAGUGACAUUGACAGCUUCUUUUACCCUUCCCAAUACCUGUUGAAAAUAAGAUUGCAGAAGAGCCAGAAGGGGACGAAAGAUCCAAAUGGUAUAGAAACUUUCCUGAAAAUGCUGCUUUUUGUGUUAAUCUGACCCUUUGAAAUAUCUCCCUUUAAAGUUUUCCUCUUUUGGAGGGGGUGAGUGAGGGGAGAGGGGAAUUGAAAUCACUUGUUGCCUGUGAUGGUGAUGAGCAUCUGACACUUUAGCAGAAGAAUGUGGCUUUCUGUACAUGUUUUGCAUUUUGUAACAGCGCACUGCUUUUUCAUCUUUUUAACUCUGGUUUUGUUUCGUUUUGGUUUUUUUGCGUUUGUGUAAUAACUGGAUUUUGUUAUGGCUAUGAAUGAUUGCUUUUGUUGGCGUUCACGUGACAACUCCUGUCGUACAAUAAAAGGCAUUUCUCAGAA